UUGAAGCCCAACGCCGCCAACGCCCCGCCGCCAAAUCGCAAGAUGCCGAGGGAAAUAAUUACAGUCCAGGCCGGACAAUGCGGCAACAGCAUUGGAAGCCAGUUUUGGCAGCAACUAUGCCAGGAGCACGGAAUCAACCAAGAUGGAAAUCUUGAGGACUUUGCGACCGAGGGCGGCGACCGAAAAGACGUGUUCUAUUAUCAGAGUGACGAUACGAGAUACAUUCCACGAGCUAUCUUGGUCGACUUGGAACCCAGAGUCAUCAAUGGCAUUCAAACAGGACCAUACAAGAAUAUUUACAACCCGGAGAACUUCUUUAUUGGAAAGAGUGGUGUCGGCGCGGCAAACAACUGGGGUGAUGGUUACCAGACAGGCGAAGUCGUCUACGAAGACAUUAUGGAGAUGAUCGACCGUGAAGCGGACGGCAGUGAUUCUUUAGAGGGCUUCAUGCUGCUGCACUCAAUAGCAGGCGGCACUGGAUCUGGUUUGGGAUCAUUCCUUCUCGAGCGCCUGAACGAUCGGUUUCCCAAGAAGAUCAUUCAAACAUACUCUGUGUUUCCCGACACAACAAAUGCAGGAGAUGUCGUCGUUCACCCUUACAACAGCGUACUCGCCAUGAGGAGGUUGGUGCAGAAUGCUGAUUCGGUCGUUGUGUUGGACAACGGAGCGCUAUCACGCAUUGCUGCCGACCGGCUGCAUGUUCAAGAGCCAUCCUUUGCACAGACCAACCAGCUUGUUUCGACGGUCAUGUCCGCGAGCACAACAACCCUGAGAUACCCUGGAUACAUGCACAACGAUCUUGUCAGCAUCUUGGCUUCGUUAAUCCCGACCCCGCGAUGCCACUUCCUGAUGACCUCGUACACUCCAUUCACAGGCGACCAGGUCGAGCAAGCAAAGACGGUACGCAAGACAACGGUGCUGGACGUCAUGCGGCGGUUGCUGCAGCCCAAAAAUCGCAUGGUCUCAACUCAACCUGGAAAGAAGAGCUGCUACAUUUCCAUCCUGAAUGUCAUCCAGGGCGAGGUGGACCCGACAGAUGUCCACAAGAGUUUGCUGAGAAUCCGGGAACGACGCUUGGCAACCUUCAUCCCCUGGGGUCCAGCCAGCAUUCAGGUGGCCCUGACGAAGAGGAGCCCCUACAUCCCCAUGGCCCACCGCGUCAGCGGGUUGAUGCUGGCCAACCACACAAGCAUUGCGACUCUCUUCAAGAGAAUCGUCAGGCAAUACGACGGUAUGCGGAAGCGCAACGCCUUCAUGGAAGGAUACAAGAAAACAGCGCCAUUUGCCGAGAACCUGGAUGAGUUUGACGAGUCUCGUGAAGUCGUACAGGACCUUAUCCAAGAGUACGAGGCUGCAGAGGACGCCGACUACCUGAACCCGGACAUGGGAGACAAGGCGACAUCAGCUGAAACGGACAAGAGGAUGGCCUAA